AUGGCAGCCGUCGAGGUCCAGAUCUCGGCUCUCCCAAAGCCGUUUGAGCAAUCCGCAGUCGAUUUCGGCGCUGAGCUUUCCGGCAUCGAUCUCGAACACAUCAACGAUGAAAGCUUCAAAGUCAUCCGAGAAGCCCUCUACAACAACAAUGUCGUCCUGAUCAAAGGCCAGCACAACCUCUCGCCAAAAGCCCAAUACGAACUUACCCGCCUCUUCGACCCUGAAGCAAGCACCUACAGUCACGGAUCCCGCAUCGACAAGCGCAGCGUCCUUCACAAGGACCUCACGACCCUGCCGUCCCAGCCCCAGGUGCAGGUCAUCGGCCACGGCGCCGUCGCCGAGUUUGAAGGGCUGACGGACCUGAAACUCACCCACCCGCACCACAAGACCUUCCACAAGCACCCCAUACCAGAGGCCGAGGACUAUGAUUACACUCACUUUUACCGGUGGCACAUUGACUCGGCCAUGUAUAAUCUGGAUCCGCCGCUCGUCACGUCGCUUUUCGCGUGCAAGGUGCCCAAGGGACGGCGGCAGAUUUGUCGGUACGACGACGGGACCGGGGACGAGCUCGAGGUUCCCCUCGGCACAACAGCUUUCAUCAGCGGCUAUCGCAUGUUUGAUAUACUAUCCGACGAAGACAAGGAGUUUGUCAAGACCAGUUUCGUAGAGUAUGGUCCGCACCCUUACAUCUGGAUGAGCAAGGCCAAGGCGAGAUCAAACGGGCUCGGUCUCAUCUCGGAAGGCCUCGAGUUGCCCGAAGACCAGCUUCCGGAAAUCGAACAGGACAAGAUCAGAAAGUACCCCAUGGCGUGGAAGAACCCGGUGACGGGAAAGUUCGCCAUGAUGGUGUACCCGACGCCGGCCCGCAGGAUCCACCUCAAGGACGGGACGGUGAUGGAGGACUUGAAAGAGGUCAGGGAGUUGAUCUACAGGCUGCAGAGACCAGCCAUCAGCCCCGAGUACGUGUACCCGCACGACUGGGAAGAAGGCGAUCUUGUUCUCUUCAACAACCACGGCGUUAUGCAUUCCAUUGUUGGAGCGUUUGCAGAGAACGAGGUCCGAUUAUUUAGGCAGUGCAAUAUGGCGGCUAGUAGACCACCUCAGGGUCCAGAAUUCUAG